GAAUUAGACCAAUUACAAAAAGACAUUAUCCGCUUGGCAAGCCGAAGUAAGCAGUCAGUUUACGAAAAAGAUGAGUUAACUAGAAAACAGGAUAAAUACCAGCGCGAUUUAAAAAAUCUUCGCGAUAGUAUUAUUACUAAUAUUAAGCACUUAAGGGGUCGGGCUGCAAUGGCCGAAUUAGAUAGUCGUCGAUGGUGA